GAGCUUCAAGGUCAGUCAACGGAUGUGAGACUAAAAUGGACAGCACCCAAGGUACCAAGGUUUUGCCGGCUGAAGAGGGAAGAAAUGAGGAAGAUGGAGGACAGGUGGAGUCGGCAUUGGGAGCCACAGCCGCAAGGGGUAGAGGAAAAGAAGCAUUAAAUGGAGAGAGUCCCGCCGCUGCUGGCACUGCAGGCCUUGUAGAGGAAGACAGGAACAAGGAAGAUGGUGGCACCAAGGGAGGUGAGAAGAAUGAGCAGGAAGUGAGGGAGCAGAUUCCUGAGCAUGUUGAAGGAGAGAGUGACCAGGCUGAAGCGCCAAGGCAGGUGCCACGACGUCGAUUGCACCAUAGAUUCACCCAGUGGCAGCUGGACGAACUGGAGAGAAUUUUCCGGAUGAAUUAUUUUCUCAGUCUAGAAGCAAGAAAACAACUGGCCCGAUGGAUGGGUGUGAAUGAAGCCAUAGUGAAGAGAUGGUUUCAGAAGAGGAGAGAACAAUACAGGUGGUAUAAGAGGCUAUAAGGUCUCAGAGGUUCUCCUCCUGCUUCUCAGAACAUCUUUCAUGAAGACUGUGGAGGAACCCUGCAGUGCAAA